CCUUCCUAAAUGCUGUGAGCAAUGGAUAUAUAUCUAUAUAUUUAUAUCUUUUGUCACAUAUACAUAAUUAUAACAAAAAAAAUCACAAACUACAGCUACACUUUAUGAGCACAGAUAGACAGCGAUUCACGAGCUCUCUGAGAUUUACAUGUAAAUGAGUAAAAGUCGAUGACUACUCAAUAGUAAUUUAUGUUUUCAAUAUAACAUUAUGAUAUGAAUGCAGAAACGGAAAUGUUUUUUUUUUUUUAUUUUACACAUGCGACUAUACAUUGCUUCAUUACUGCUCAGUGACUUCAUCAGUGGCCGGUCAUUGAAUAUUCAUUGAAAAGCCACGGGAGUUUCUCCGGUUACGACAGAGUGCAUGCGUGCGCGUGGUGGUGGGAACGGUAGCAAAGAUGGCGGCGCUGAAGGAGGAGCAGUGCUACGGACUGUCCUGUGGAAGAGUGAGCAACGGCAGCAAUGUCUCCGUCUUUCACGUUAAACUCACUGACAGCGCGCUGAGAGCGUUUGAAGGCUACCAGAGCAGCAAGGUCCUGUCAUCACGACCACUGAUCAGAUUUAAUGGAAACCAAGGGAAAAUUUCAAUACCACGGUCAGAAAAUUCCAAUGAACUGCAAACGUUUACUUUCUACCUGUCAAACGUGGGCAGAGAUAACCCCCAGGGCAGCUUCGACUGCAUCCAGCAGUACAUCACCAGUGAAGGGAGCAUUCAGCUGGAUUGUUUGGGUGGAAUCCAGGACAAGAUUACAGUAUGUGCCACAGACGACUCCUACCAAAAGGCCAGGGAAAGCAUGGCCCAGGUUGAGGAGGAGACUCGCAGUAGGAGUGCCAUUGUCAUCAAGCCUGGGGGGAGAUAUGUAGGUAAGAAGGUUCAGAUCCGGAAACCGGCACCUGGCCUUUCAGACGUUGCCCCAUCACGGAGGACAUCUCGGCCUGUCAUCAUCUCCAGCAGCACGCUAAAGAAAAGCACGACUCAGCACAGGCCGCUCCGAGAGCGCCUCUUACACCUGCUGGCCCUCAAGCCUUAUAAGAAGCCUGAGCUGAUCCUGAGGUUGCAGAAAGAUGGCCUCUCGCCAUUAGACAAGGACUCCCUGGACAGCCACCUGCAACAGGUGGCAAACCUGAAUGGGAGAGACAACACCUUCACAUUGAAGGACUUUUUGUAUAAGGAAAUUCAGAAAGACUGGCCUGGAUACACAGAAGGAGACCAGCAGCUUCUCAAGAGAAUCCUGUUUAGAAAGCUGUGCCAGACCCAGAACAGCUCUGCCCCUCCACCAGAGAGCCCGCCCAAAGAGCUGGCCAGCAACUCGCCAUCUCAGAAACGGCCUGCUGCUGACUUUAUUGACCCUCUCGCCAACAAAAAGCCCAGGAUAUCACACCUCGCCAGCAAGGCUGCAACAGCCCCAGUUAAUGGCAAGCUCAGCUCCUCCAACGGGAGAGGAGAGGCAGGUGGAGCGCAGGCAGGAGUCGCAGUUUCUCUAUCAGACGGCGCCAUGACGUCCAGCUCCCAGCAGCUCCCUAUGCUGGAUAUCCCUCGCCCUUUCGAAGCGCUGUCGGACGUCAGCAACGACUCCAGCCACAACGGGCGCGACUGCGACUCUCAGGAAACGGUGGUGUCCGAGAGGCUCAGUCAACCUCCCUCACUGUUCUCGGGGCCAACGAUGCUCAGCGCGCCCAGCAUCGGCACGUCAUCCCCUGGACACACAGGUCUGAAUCUUUAUCGGGACAAGAGUCCUUCAUCCAACAACAAGUCCAAGAAGAAGUCCAAAAAGCAUAAAGACAAGGAGAAGACCAAAGACAGGGAGAGGACAAGAGAAAAGGAGCAGGAGAAGGAGGAGAGGAAGAGUCGUGAGGAGCGCGUGCCUGAGCCUAAUAGAGCCUGUGAGAUGAGCCCAGGAAACCUCAAAAGCAACAGUAUUCCACAAAAAAGCACAGAUCUGAAUGGGAUGUGCAACAGUACCAGUAUUCCUUCGUCAUCACCUGAGGUGGCAGACUAUUUAUUGAAAUACACAGUGAUUGACUCUCAGGAGCAGCGUCAGAGAUAUAAAAACGAUUUCAACGCUGAGUACAGUGAGUACCGGGGUUUGCAUGCUCGGAUAGAGGGCAUCACCCGGCAGUUCACUGUGCUCGACAAUGAGCUCAAGCAGCUCCACCAAGGCACGGACAAGUACAAGUCAAUCCACAAUCAGAUACUUCAAGAGUAUCAUAAAAUAAAAAAGACUAAUCCAAACUAUAGCCAAGAGAAGAACCGCUGUGAAUAUCUACACAACAAACUGGCACAUAUAAAGAGACUUAUUGCCGAGUACGAUCAACAGCUUCUUUAAAAGUAGUUAGACAUGUUGUUUUCCCUGUUAUCUCUGGAAACCAAGCAGAUAAAGGAAAACUCUGGAUUCUGUUUGCGCUAAAAAUGUUCUCAUGAAAUAUGCCAUGAAGGGAGUAUUCCCCUCAUUCGGGCCAAAGGCUCUAGUGAGGACUAAGCAGGAUACGUGAUCUUUUUCUCUAUCUUUCCUUUUUGUUUUUUUUUUUGUUUUGUUUUGUUUUUUUUUUCCUUUUUGGAAGAUGGGGCUGUGCCUAGUGUGGCUAUGUCCUUCUGUGUUGGUUACAAAUGUAUCCAGAAAAAAAAAAAAGGUUCUGUGUGGCUUUGUUUUUUCUCAGCCCACCCUGCUUAUAGUGCACAGAGGUGUGAAAGAGUCAAAACGUGGAAACCUCCGCUUUCUAAGGAGAUAUCCAAAUAAUCUUUCCUGCUUUUGAAACUGGAGAGAAGGGGACACUAAGAUGGAAACUGCAGAUUGUAAGCAAAAUGCAAGUAAUUUGUUUUGAGUAAAGAAAAAUUAAGUGAAUGAUAUAUCAGUUUUCCCCCAUAUACUGAAACGAAUGGUUGUGAUGUUGAAUUUAUUUCUGUUUCUCUUUUUAUUUAUUUUUGACACUUAACUGGGGGGGGGAGGGGGGGACGUCUGUUUUACACUCCUCAAUAUCAGUACUUAAAAGCUGUCUCUCUUGUUUUCUGUCCUCACAUCUUGAAUGUCAGCCAGUAUUUUAUUCAGAAGCUGCCUUGCCCAUCUAAUUGUCAAUCUGUUGGCGUUUUUUCUUUUUUCCUCUCUCUUUUUAAAGAGAUGCCGAUAUUGCUAUUGAUUAAAUCAAAACCAUGCUUCUAAAUGCACACGGUCAGACGCAGGUUUGUGCGCUUGGCUUUUCUUUUCUAAAUCAUGUGCAGAUGUCUUAAAAAAAAAACAAAAAAAAAAAAAGGGGGGACGUGUGUGAAAAGUCUCCAGUCACUGUAGAGCUGUAGAUUUUCUUUGAACUCAGUCCUCCUCACUCAGUCAUGACGAGCUGCAGGGCUCGUUCAUCGGUUACAACGGUUACAGCAGUGGUCCUUAGUUAUGGUUCAUCAGUGGAGAUGUAAUGGGGGAAAAAAAUAUAUUUAGCUCUCUAAGCUAUUUAAUUGGUUGUCUUUUCAGUUUAGUUCAUGAUGGCUUUUGUAGCAAUAGAACUCGUUUUACUCUUCUCCAUGCUUUAGAAGAUCCUCUAAUUGUAAGAUGAUGCAGACGGGGGAUGCAGAUCUGCAGGCUUUUUUCUUCUCAUCUUCAGAAUGUUCAUAAUUUGGAUUUGGGUUGAUCCACAGAUCUGAUAUCUCUUAAGUUACCGUCAUUGGCACCUGCAGUUAUGUUAGAACAAUCCUGUUUACAGUGUCUAUAUAUAUAUAAAGAUCCAUUUUUAGUUUUUGUCUGCUCAUCGACCCUCGUGGUAGUCCAUCGAGACGACUGUUAAGAUGAAGCCAUCCUCGAUCAUCUUCCGAGCGGAGCCCCCCAAGCGGGUCUUCGGCUCUAAAGCCCUCAGAGAAGGAAUGAUCACCUGCGACCAGUUUUGCCUUUUUUCAAAACGUGAUGUCACGAGGAUUGACCUUAAAAACGAUUUUCCUGGAUCAGCACUGCUCUCUGAGAAUCGUUGCGCGAAAGACGGAUCCACUCGACGUAUCCGAAGACGAAUUAGAAAUGCUGUAUCAGAACUUCACCUGAGCGAGUCGAGUUUAGUCAGUGAAUGCAUUUCUUAAUAUCGAUCUUUUUAUGUGAAUAUGAAAAAUCAGCACUUUUUUCUCCUGAUCUUGCUGUUACCUGGGGGUUUUGUCCAAAUGAAAACUUUUCACUUUGUCCAACAGAGUGCAUGCUUUAUGAAUGUGUUACAAUGAACAUUCUUUGUAUCUCUUACUUGAAAAAAAAAAAAAAAAAAAAAACUGCCCAAGGAUAUCAAAGCAAAGGCCUAGUCCAACAGAAUUAGUAUGUGAUCAAUUGGCUCUGACCAGCAUGUAUACCAAAGUGCUUACUGAGUGGGAUGAAACAAAGUGCUCUAUCAAGUGUUGGCAAAGGAACAUGUCACAGUAUUCUCUGCUUCCUGUUAUCAUUUCUUUUGGCUUUUUAUAAUUUAUCAUCCCGCAGACACUUUUCCUUUCUUGGGACAAGUCAGAUGAGGUUCCUUUUUUGCUUCAGACAGGAUUUGUCAGACUGGGCUCAAGUGUUUCAGAGAAAUGUCAGGGUUUCAGAUUUAAUCACUCUGCUAAUGCAAACACUACAUUCAAGCCAAUGCUCCGAGACUCAUCACAACAAUGCUGAACAGUGCUGGGUCUAGACUGAGGCUAGACGUGGGACUUCAUGAUGUCUGGGCGGGAGGGGAAGUGAGGGAAGCUACAGUUUGUGAAUGUUUUGUCACCAGAAUCAACACUCAGCAUCGCCCGGUACUGCAACCUUCAACAAGAAAGACUCUUCACCUUUUUUUUUUUUUUUUUUUCCUCUCUUUUUCUAGCAAACAUUCUGACAUGAUUACUGUAUUACACCUCUAUCACGGUCGAAAUCCAUUGUGAAUGAGUAUCAGUUAAGACAUUUUGCUCCGAUAGAGAGCAAACUGUUUGAAAAUAACGAUAUGCCAGCACAGAAGUACCGAUGUAUGAGUUGAUUGUGCCAAAAUGACCUGUUGUAUAGGUUUUUUUUUUUUCCUUUCUUUUCUCUGAGUAUAUACAUGCUGCUGUAUAAGCAAAGAGGGCUUUGGAGAAGAGUCAUGAAAUGUUGGCGCUAAAACCCAAAGCACGCUUUUUGAAAACCAUAAGGGACUGGGACUGAAAUUGAUCUUUGUUUCAAUAAAAUUCUUUAAAAUCCUUAUUUGUGAAAUUCUGAA